CUUCCUUCUCUCGCCUGGCAUCACCAAAGCAGGAAGGCAGAGCGCUGGGGGGUUUCUUCCGGCCUGGUUGCAACUUGCAAGCUGGAACUCAGUGGAUCCAAGACAACAAGGGAGGCAUUCCUCCAGACUACUUUUACUUUGAAGAGUGAGUGGCAAGACAACCCAGUUCAGAAAAAAACACAUCUCUUUCAGAGGUGCCAUGGGGGACUUGGGCCUAGGCCGGGAAUUCCAUACCUGGCACCAGUUCAGCCUCUUUUUCGAUGACUGGUGUGAAAAGCACAAGGUGCUGUUCAUCAUUGCCAGCCUGAAGCCACUCGUCUCCCUUCGCCAGAACCCACCACCUUAUCAGCCCAACUUGGCUGAGAUACUCCGCUUCCGUUAUGUGCGUCUUGUCUGCAAACACAGCGGGACCUAUGUUGGACAAAGCAUGGUGCAGCGGAACCACCAAUGUGAAAAGAUUGACUGCCCAGCUGCCAUCACACUGCGCUUAGGCCCCAAGAAGGACCGCCUGGUGGUGAUUGAGUCCAACCUAGAGCACAGCCACCACUUGUCUGAACUGGAGUUCUCCCGUUAUUUCAAGCGGCACCAGCUGACAGCUAGCCUGGGGCUGCCCAUCCGUAUUACCAACAACAUAUCGAAGCGCUUCCUGACACCUGACCUUAUCUGGAGCCUGGGGGACUAUAGCAAAGCGAAAGACAAGGGCUUGUGUGAGCUCCUGGCCAUUCUGGAUGGGCUCUUCAAGUCUGAUGGGGGCGCUAAGGUCAAAAUGGUGUUCCAGGAGGACGUGGCUGUGCUCGAUCGCAUCUUCCUGGCCACCUCACACAUGCUCAAACUGGUGCGACGCUUCCCAGCUCGCCUUUUUCUGGAACGUGCUGCCUGUCUCAAUGCAGAAUUUGAACUCCAUACAAUAUUGUGUCAAGACGCCAAUGGACGUGGUCGUGAGGUGGCUUAUUGCCUGGCACGACAGGGGCUACCUGACCUCCUUAUAUUUAUGGUGGCCUCUUUGGUGCAGAGUGUCCCAGACAUUAAAUUGCAGGUGAAGGUGAUCACAGUUGGGGCUGGCGCGACUGGUCUGGAUGCAGUAGAGGAGGUGUUGCCAUGUGCCCAGGUGCAAAUCUGUCGCCUUCAGGUCUUGGAGAUCCUCUAUCUCAAGGCCUCUGAAUUGGCUGUGCCAAAUGAGGAGCAGAUCCGCAAUCUGCUGCUCAACCUGGCAAACUCUGACUCACCCCAGGUCUAUUGCCAGUAUCUGAGUGACCUAGAAAAUGUGGCUCCAUCCUCCUUUCUACAGUACAUCCUGGAGUGCUGGCACCCCCACAAAGACAUGUGGGUAGAGUGUUGGGCCUUUGAGAAAAACCAAGAAUGUUCCUUUCUGGACCACUUUGAGGCCCAUCGCCACAAGCUUCAGGUGGUGCUCAGAUCCCCUAUAGCACUGGCUGCUUGUCUACAAGGCCUCCUAGGACUCCAGACUUUACAGAUGGAGAAGUCAACAUUCAACGUGGCUCCUGUGGCUGAGUUGUACCGAACUGCCUGCCUGUCUGACGGCACCGAGCUGGUUGCCGAGGAAUUGGACUUGUUGCCCCAUGCACACUUUGAGCUGAAAGAGACACCCAAGGGAUACCUGUUGGAAGAACACACCUGCUCUUUUCUAGUAAACCAGGAUAUGGCCACUUGCAGCUGCUCCAUUUACUUGACUUGCCAGCUGCCAUGCCGACACAUCUUCGCCGUACGCCUUUGGGUUGGGGAGUCUUUGUUCGACCCCAGCUUGCUGCCUAACUUGCGAGACAAACAUCAAGAAACCACAGUCCAGGAUGAAUGCUAGCUGUCGGACACAUUGGACCAAGUCUCAGUUUCAUAAUGUGCCAUAGUCACCACUGGGAAAAGUUACUUGUUUGGAUGCAAGUCUAAGACUACCCUCCCUGUUGUGCUGGCCAGGGGAAUUCUGGGACUUGCGGUCCAAACUGUUAGAGAAAAUUACCCUAAAAUAUACAGCAGAGCAUCCAAAAGCAAACAGGAUACAAAAGUUGAGCACCAGCUCAUUUGUGAGGAGAGUGUGAAGUGCCAUGUGAUGUGGCUGUAAAGAAUUCAGAGCUUAGGCAAGCAAAGAUGCAGAGUCCAAUCACAAAAGAUUUAUUUACAUCAAAAAACCACAGUCCAGGAUGAAUGCUAGCUGUCGGUCAAGUCUCAGUGGGUCAAGUCUCAGCUUAAUAAAUGGGCCAUAUUCACCACUGGGAAAAGUUACUUGUUUUGAUACAAGUCUAAGACUACCCUCCCUGUUGUGCUGGCUAGGGAAUUCCGGGACUUGCAGUCCAAACAGUUAGGGAAAACUACCCUAAAAUAUACAGCAGAGCAUCCAAAAGCAAACAGGAUAUAAAAGUUGAGCACCAGCUCAUUAGCGAGGAGAGUGUGAAGUGCCAUGUGAUUGGCUGUAAGGAAUUCAGAGCUUAGGAAGCAAACAUGCAGAGUCCAAUCUUAAAAAAUCACAAAAGGUUUAUUUACAAUAAUAAGAAAUAACUGCAUAAGCUACUCUAACACCCAUGUCUUCUAAGAUUUCAAGAGAGGGAAAAACACCAAUCACUACAUCUCUUCUGACCCACAAGCAGAGAGAGAUCUCAAAGCACACAGCACAUACUCUCCAUACUGAAAUGUAAGGUCAGAUUCAAAAAACUUGCAGUACAAUUCUUUUCCAUUUUGAACAACCAAUCAGAAUGAGAGCAAAAACUGUCAUACAAAAGACAUGCGGGAAGGUAAUUCCCUCAGCCUAUACUAAACUAACUGCUCUUUGAGGACUUGAGCCUUGGGCAGUGUGGGGUUGAAUCCCAACACAAUCAAGGAGUGUUUCAUAUGCAUUGGAUAGCUGGGCAGAGCUCUGGUGACCACCGCAAUCAUUAUCAUUCUUUGCUGCAAAGAAAAUAUUGGUCUCAUUGGACUGUCAUGCACCGUUGAGUUGAAGCAACCCAGUCUGUGGAAGAAAACUGAAAGCAGGCUAAUAGUCAGGGACAAACUGCCAUGCCUACCCAUGUGCAAACCAAAUGGCUCAGGUGCUAAGAAAUAUCAUAUAUGAGCCACCAUAAUCAGAGUUACUGAGACACAGUCAGCUUACACAGCUCUUCUAGAGAAAAGGAAACAAAUAAGUACAGUUUAAAGCAGUCCAUCCUCAUGUUCUCUAAUUUGUGAGUUGGCAACUCUUCCCCCCAUUGUACUAGGGACCAGUAUCAGAUGUGUAUCCAUGGGGUAUAAAUGCUUUUUUCUUCUUGGAAAUUUGCCAAGGACUAGCACUGCUCCACAAACCAGUACUUUUGAAUAGCAUUGAUUUAAAAUAGAGUUGAUGUCACGAAGUUUGUAGACCACUACUGUGAAUUUUUAGACUUAUAAUAAUAAUAAUAGCAACAGCAACAACAUGCUUUAUUUAUUACUGACACUUAGACAAUAGUUUGUUCUGCAAAUCAAAGCACAAUGUUCUGUAAAGCCAAAUUAUGGCUGUUUUUGGUCAGCAGAGUGAGCUAAGACUAGGUUCUUGUGGGUUUUUUCGGGCUAUAGGGCCAUGUUCUAGAGGCAUUUCUCCUGACGUUUCGCCUGCAUCUAUGGCAAGCAUCCUCAGGAGAAAUGCCUCUAGAACAUGGCCCUAUAGCCCGAAAAAACCCACAAGAACCUAGUGAUUCCAGCCAUGAAAGCCUUCGACAAUACAUUGAGCUAAGACUCCUUUUAAAAAAUCUGUUCCAUUGUGGUGGAAGUUUUCUAACAAAAAAAGCUAGAUUCUGUAUCCAGUAUGUCAUCUAUGUGGACUUAAAUUACACCCAUGUAGUCUAAAAUCACUGGACAUAUAUAUGUAACUGCUUAGGAUUAGGUGGUUAAGCACAAUUGCUUAGUCUGUAUAAAUUAUUCUUCUUUGUUUAGCUAUGAGAAGGGUUCAAGAGUUUUGCGCAAACAAGUUUUCCAUCUCCCCCCCCCAACAAUUUAGCCUAAUUUUAGAUAUUUGAAAAUGAUAUUUUAAGGAUUUAAUAUGUUAGUAAUUAUGUGGACAUAUUUUACGUUUUGUUCAUUUAUGUUGAUUUAUAAUUUACUGAAUUAUUUCUGAUUUGUCUAUGGAUUUUUUUUAUGUAUUAUUGUUGACAUUGAAUGUUUGCCAUUGUAUAUUUUGUUGUGAGCUGCCCUGAGUCCUUUCAGGAAGAUAGGACAGACUAUAAAUAAAGUUUAAUUCAUUCA